AUGGUUGGUGGGGGUGUUGAUGUUGCUCUUAAGUGCUGUGGAGUCAAGGGCCUCCCCGAGGCACUUCUGUUAGGUCUCGACUGUUCAGUCAUUGCUGGUACUGGCACCAGCAAAACAAUGCCUUUCGUGCUCCCAUUACUUGCACAACCAAACAAACACGUACUCAUCAUAUCCCCGCUCAAUGCUCUUGAGGCAGACCAGGCCAAAAAAUUCCAAGAUAUGAAUCUUACAGAUGUAGCAGUGAACGGCAACUCGUACAAUCAACAUCUACAUCAAGUGAUCAUCACCUCACCUGAGAUGUGCUUGAAUCACGACAAGUUCAGGGGAUUGAUUAGUUCCCCAAGCUUCGCUGGUCACAUAGCUGCCAUCAUGAUCGAUGAAGCCCACUGCAUCUCUCAGUGGGGUGAGAAAUUCCAUGAGGAGUAUGCAAAGCUGGGGACCUUACAAGCAUUUGUACCAAGCCACAUCCCCGUCCUGGUCACCUCUGCAACCCUUCCACCAGCUGUCCUCACAGAGGUAUGUGCAGCCAUGCACAUCGAUCCUUUGAUGUCCUACCAUGUCAACCUAGGAAUCGACUGCCCAAAUAUAGCCUGGGAGGUCCGACACAUGAAAGCUGGAAAGAGUGACCUCGAAUUACUCUCAUUCCUGUUACCAACAAGCUCAGGAGAAGGAGAGACUCACUUCAAACUAACUAUGGUUUUUGGUGACGACAUUGCUAUACUAAUGUCAGCGUGUCGUUGGUUACGCGAGAAAUGCCCUGUCGAGUUGCAUGGUCAGAUAGCUGUGUACCACUCACGAUGUACUGUUCGAGCAAAGACAAUUUUACUUGAACGGUUCAAAAAGGGUGAGAUCAAGGUCCUAUUUACCACAGAGGCAGCGGGAAUGGGCUGUGACAUGCCACAUAUCAAGCUCGUCAUACAGUUUAAGGUACCUGUAUCAUUUGUAUUUCAAGAGAAGCAUAAAAAAUCUGCUGGCCAUGAGAAUGAAGUUCUCUUUGUUAAGAUGAUUGAUGAAGGCCUGCACACCUGGCUUGAAACAAAAACGCGUUGUCGUGAUGCUGCAGAUGAGUACUUCCAUAGUGGUGUGAAAAGAAGACAUACAUAUGUAGCAUUUGUUAUUGUGCGUGACUAA